AUGGGUAUUUUUCAAGAAGUUACAAAUAUGACUAGUGUUACUGGUUAUGUGACUGCUGGAAAAGAUUACCUUAUAAGUUCAAUUUUUUAUAUAUUUUUAUAUAUUUUGGCAUUACCACCAAAUGGAUUGUUAGCUUAUUUAUCAAUAAAACCUGGAUUAAUAACAGCAAGAAUAAAAUAUCCAACAUUAGGAAUGACAUUAGCAAACUUAUUUGGUCUUAUCUUUUUUUUAAUUGUCAAUAUUGUUUACCUAAUUGCUUUAUAUCAUGAUAUGAAAUUAUCAUUAAUUUUUGCAUCAUUUCUUCGAACAAUAUUAUAUAAUACAACAUAUGUAUGUUACUUCCUAUUUCCAGUAUUAGCAAUAGAUCAAUGGUUAAUGGUUUGUCACAAUUAUACCCUAACACCAACGGGAUUAACAAAAAUUAUUUCAAUUUGUUUUAUUGUACCUCUUCUUGUGGGAUGUUAUGAUUUAUUUCUUCAAGAAACACUUUUAUAUGAUUAUAUGUUUGAAUAUAUACGUAUAUCACCAUAUUCAAAUUUUUUCUUCUUCUGUAUACUAGCACCAUCAUUUUUUAUUUUCUCAUUUGUAUGUAAUCUUUUUGUUCUAUCUUCUAUUAUUCAUAGACAAUCUAAAUCAACUAGAAAACAAAUUGGUAGAACACUUAAUCCUAGACAAUUACAGCAACAAAAAACUAUUGUUUUUAUUUAUAUGCUCCAAGCAUUUAUGCCACUUAUACUUGCUGCACCAUAUUAUGCUGUUUAUGUUUGUCUAUUAUUUGGUUUUCAAUUAAAUAUCAGUUAUUUUAUAUUAGGAGAUGCUAUAAUUGGAUUGCAUCCUUUAACUAAUGCCUUAACAACACUACUUUUAUUAAAACCAUAUAGAAAAGCAUUAAAAAAAUUAUUUAAAGAAAAAAUAGUAAAUCAAAAAAGAUAUGAUAGUGUUAAACAACAUGAUGAUCAAAAAAUAAAGGAUGAAUUUCAGGAAAUUUCUGAUCAAAUUGAUUCAACAAAAGAAUCUAUAGAAUUAUAG